AAAGAAAUAAACAAAUUGUGGAUCUUAGGGCAGAAGUCCAAGAAAAGGUUUCAACGAUUAAGAAGUUGGAAGACGAUAAUCAAAAUUACCGUGAAUUACUUAUCAAAUUACGAAAAGAUUUUGAAAGUUGCAAGCAUCUAUUGCAAAGGGAAAGGGAAGGCAAGAUAAUGUUGCAACACGAUUUAUCUGUGCAAGACCAGCAAAUCACUUUUCUUGAAAAGAAAAAUACGGAAUUAAAAGAUGAAGCAUCCAAAUAUCAACUAGCACUGGGUAAUGCAACAAAUUUUCGAUUUAAUGAUGAUGAUCCAAAUAACACCAUGCGACUUAAGUCUGAUAUUGAAAAUCUUCAAAACAUGAUUGAAGAUUAUGUAACUAAUUUGAAAACUGGUGUAGAAAUAAAUUUUGAAAAUGUUAACAAACUUUUACAGACAUAUGGAUCUCAAACAACAAUUAAUUCUGAUGAUCCAAACAGGCGAUUAAUUAAAGCUGUCUUACAGCAUCAUGUGUUGAAAGAAAUUUUAUCAUAUACAGAUGUGUGUCCGGAAAAUGAUUGUACGGAAACAUGUACUCUCGAAUCAAAUAUUAUUCGUAAAACAGACGAUUUAAUUGGACUUAUUAAUAGAUUUUCCAAUGAACGUGUAGGCACAGAUGAUGUUACUAGGGUAGCAUCUAUAAAAUUACGUCAACAGGUCUAUGUUAUACUCGGUAAUCGUGGAUAUGCUAAUGUAUACGAAAAAAAUAUUGAAAAUAAACAGCAUCCAUUUCUAACUAUAUUUCAAAAAAGACUAAAUGAUUCAAUGAACCAAUAUCGUGCAGUCAACGAUCCUAAAAAGAAGACCAUGGUUGAAAGAAUGGCAGAGAAAUUAAUUCAAGAAGUAGUUAGAGUUUUCAAGUUUCGUUUCAAAGUUCAGGAACCAAUGAUUGAAAUUUACUGGAUAAAUUAUAGUACUAAAAUAAUGGAUGA